UUGAGCUUGUAGAAGUGCACGUACUACCGCAGGAGAGCUCGCAGGAAGUAGGAUGGCCGCAACAAGUGCAGCAAAUGAGCGUAGCAUAGCCAUCCCGGGCCCGGGUGAUGAUCAGCCUGCAGCACAGCCAGCCGCGCUGGCCGGCGGCGGCGACGAGGACGAGGGGGCGUGGAAGACGGCCCAGAAGUGGCUGAACCGCUUCGUCCGCGUCGUCGCUUUCGUGGAGAGGACGGGCAACGCCGUCGGCACGCUGGCCUUCACCUGGGCGACCGUCGUCGUGCUCGGUGGGUACUCCACGGACCUGCGCGAGGAUUUCUGGUACGCCAUGGCGAUAGUCUUCCUGGAGGCUUACAGGGUGUUCAGCCGCCAAAACAAAUCAGACGAUAAAUUCUUGUUCAAGACCACGGGAGGAAUCAGAGUGCUCAAGCUGUCUUCAACCCUGGAGCUGCUGUAUUUUCUGAACGCGGUGAUCGUGAUGCUGUGCCUCUCCGUCAUCCUCACGGUCGUCCUAACCCACGUAUUCCCGAAAAAACGGUACGUGCCGCUGGUGCUGGCUGCCCUGCUCGUGCUGCUAGCCAGGUUCCCCAUCAUCUGGCUCCUCAAACGAGCGAACAGACCAGGGUCAGGGCGCCGCGUCGUCGCGAUAGUACUGCGGCUGACCCCCCUGGCCGCGAUACUGGCCUUGGGCUGUUCACUGGUGCUGCUGUACGGCGCUCCGCCGGUGACGGUGCUGGCAUCCGUGUUGCUGCUCUUCAUGACGUUCGUUCUGUGCCAGCAGCUGAUAGCCGUGCGGGAGAAGAUCAAGAGACCGGCGCCCCUGCAGCGCCCGACGGCUGCAGGUGAGGCUUCGCCGCCGCCGCCGUCGUUUGCCCAGCGCGCGUGGCUGGUGCUCGCCAACACUAUGUUGGUCGUCUGCCCACCCUUGAUGGUUGCCUUCCUGACGGCGACGUUCGGCUUCCUGGGGCUGUACGUGGUGCUCACGGCGGUGGCGCUCGGCAACUUCCAGAUCCCGGCGGCCGUCGCCCGCGUCGCCAUCUCGUCGGCGCGCCUCGCCGGCAGGGUGGACCGCGUGAGCACGGGCAACGUCAACCUCGUGCCGUCGCUCAAGAUCUUCUACGGGCUUGUGCUCGCCCAGGGCGCGCUCUACAUCGUGGCGUGCCUGACGGAUCCCUUCUCCGUCCUCCUCCGGAGAUGGCUGGCGCGGCGCUGCAAGCUCGGGACAAGGUCCGUCGACCUGUACUACGAGCACGCCUACGACGCGUGGAUGGAGGACGGCUUGCUCGCCAUGGAGGACGCGAACAUCGUCAGCUUCGCCGUCGACUCCCUUUCGGCUCCGGCGGAACCCAGCCGCAGCCGCGAGAGGGUCCUUGCUGGGGUCACCGUCCUUCACUGCUUCCUCCGGCAACGAAGAGGCUCCAAGGCCCGGCUUGCUUCAUCGAAGAUCAUCACCUCCACAAACGCAAUUGCCACCUUGAUCGGCAUGCUGGGAUGGGGCGCCGAAGAAGACCGGCAAAUCAGGCUGUUCGCGGCGAAGGUCAUCGGCGAGGUCGCCGGUGAGCUCCGGAUCGCCAGGUUCCCUGGCACCGUGCAGCUGAUAUCUUCACUCCUUGAUGCUCCAUCUUGCUCGAAGAAAGAACAAGACAGUGGAGGCUCAACACAGACAAAAGCAGCUGCAGGCAACGUUAAUACUGACUCGACCUGCUGCUGUUGCUUCCCCAAGCCCAGUUGCCCGCGACGAAUCAAGAAUCUAUGGUCAGCUCCAGACGAGGAGCCUCUCGACGACGACGAAGACGCGCUCCCGAUAAUGGGGAUGCUGAUCCUCGAGAAGCUUGCUUCCGAUCCCGAAAACUGCGCAGAAAUCUGGAGGGCAACUAACCUCGUCUCGAAGGUGAUAGGGUUCAUAGCCUGCUCCAGCAACGAGGCACAGCGGAAUCGACGACCCAUCACCGCCUCGUCACUGAAGCUAGUCGCAAAGCUCGCCGGCGCCAAGGGGGAGAUCGGCGUCACGCUCCGGCGGAAGAUAUCGGACCAUCCUUUCCUAGUGAGCAGCCUCGCCGGGAUCUUGGAGGACGACGGCGCCGGCACGGAGGAAUGGUCGCCGGCGAUGGAUAUCCUCGCCAAGCUCUGUGUCAACGCCGAUACGAGGCAGGAGGUCGGGGAAAUCGCGGCGAUCAUUACCAGAUUGGUGCAAGAAUUCUUCCCCUCGCAGCGAGACCAACAAGCGAGCAGUACACAAGAUGAUCGCCAGCUGCGGUUGGCGGCAGGUGAAGCAUUGGCGACGCUGGCAACGGAGAGCCCCGGCAACUGCUCGGCCAUCCUCAAGGAAUUCAAGGGAAAAUAUUGCGAUCUUGUAAACGAUCUCAAAAACAUGAUUUCGGCUAGGGACGAGGAUGGCUGCCGAUGUGCGGCAAGCCUGCUGCAGAAUCUGUGCGCGCACUCCGGAGACGAGCUGCGCCAUCUUGGUUUCAGCGACCAUCUUGCAUCCGCCUUGAAAGUGAUUUUGGAGAAAAUACUGAAUACCAAGGGAAAGCAGCUAGAGGUCCUGAUUGGGCUCACAGCGCAGAUUCACAACGCCAUGCCUGCCUGCUUUAAAGAUGCACUGGAAUCCUUAGCCAAUAAUACAGCGGAGGCACUCGUUCAGAAGAUGGUGGAUACACUCAACUCCAGCAAGAAGCCGAGCCCUGAAUGCCCCAGGAUGAGAAGAGCAAUAGUCGAGCUAGCGAUUUCCAUAGUAGAAACGCGCACUCUUCCGUAUGGCUAUGCAGCCGACUUCAGGAAGAAGGGGAUGGUGGAGGCGCUUUCCAAGGUAAAGAGGACGCCGUCAAAGGUGGAGAGAUACAGGCUCUUCUUCGGCGAUGCAGGGGUGGUUUUGUAGCGUGGAUUGCCUCUGCCUGAUAUAGUGGCCACGACAAAAGGGCUAAUCGAAACUGCAUCUCCAUCUCCAGGAGUUUAACGUAACCCCCAUGCUCUUUUGUGGUUGUACAGAACUUCGGUGCGGCACUUUUGUUCUGUUCUUUUUCUCUGUCUUUGUUCAGGAGUGUGCAUGUUCGCUAAGUGCUUUAAGCCCAUAAGGAUAUUUGUUUAUUGGAUGUGAUCCGAAUAUAAUUAUGGAAAAUCUUAGACAAAUGAGACAAGAUAUAUUAUGAUGUCAUAUACAAACAUGAACAAGAUCAAACAAGAUCAAAGAUGUCUGCAUAUUAGGGGGAAAAAAGAAAGCAUUGGGCUAAACAACGCAGUCACAUUUGGAUUUGCCAUUUUUGUUUCUCCAUGUAUAGACAGAAUUUAUCUUGCAUGUUUCUAUAUUUUAUUUGUGGCAGAUGGAACUAAAACUAUCAUACUUGCUGAUUUUUGCCCCCCUUACAGGUGUUGGAACAGCUAAAAUAUCGACACCUAUAGUGUUUUCCCAACCAAACGCGCGCCACAGGGGGCGCCAAUGGCAAGAAAAACGCAGUCACAAAUAGGUGCCGGUUUUUAAUUGGAACGGACACAUAUAUUUAAUGUCAAAUAGAAGUGUCUGUUCCAAUUAAAAACCGUAUGUCUCAUCAGGGUUGUUGGUUGCGGGGCCCACAUUAGAACCGGUGAAGCAUCUAGGCCCCCGUCAUUGAUUUCGGUAAUUAAUGACAAGCGUUAAUUGUAGCCGAACUAUUUUCUUGAGCUAUACAUUUUGAGUUAGGACCACAUGAUGUGUAUGAAUGGAUGAUCACCGAGGACUAAAUUCGAUGGCGCAAAGCAAAAGGAGCGAAGACGGUAAAACUAGAGGUUUUAUUUUAAUUAAUCGAGGAGUUGGACGAUCAAAAUUUGCUAGAUUUAUUUAUACCUUUGUCUUACAAUCAAG